GGUCCCGCAUGCCUGGUUUGCUCUAGCCAAGGGUGAGAUGCGCAUGUGCGGCGCCGCGAGCAUCCCAUGCUGCCAAUAGUUGCCACGCCCGGAGAUGGCAGGACGGCAGUUCGUUAUCAGGCGCGGUGAAUGGGUGCCGAAGGAUGGCCUUCAUGAAUGAUCUACUUCCCUUCAUUUCCUCCUACAUCACUCCUCCCCGCUCUACUCGUAAUACAGCCAACUUCCACCAGAUCUCGUAGUGCUGGUCCACCAUGGCUCCUCACGAGAAACACCUUGUCCACAGUCAUGCCCACGAGGAGGCAAUUCCGGGCACCGUCAACCUGAGAGCUGCAGAGGGAGACGACACUGCCUACGGACAGGCUUUGUUCCCUGUACCUGCGGAAGAUCCUAACGAUCCACUACAAUGGCCGUCAUGGAGAAAGAAUAUGAUCUUGAGCAUUUGCAGCCUCUACUCCUUCCUCAGCAAUUCUGCGCUUCUUGGCCCCUCCGUCUACAUUGGCGUAUUUGCCGAGUACUUCGGCAUCUCUCCAGUGGUUGCCUCCGGGUUGAUCUCAUACCCAAACAUCGUCUAUGGCCUUGGCACGCUCAUCACGGUACCGAUGUACCUGAAAUUCGGACGUCGACCAGUUAUGCUCCUCUCGCUCGUCGUAUACCUUGCCGGUCUUAUUGGUUGCGGCUGCAGCACAAGCUUUAGUGGCCUCAUGGCAGCUCGUAUCAUUCACGCUUUCGCAAGCGGCGUCUGCGAGGCCUUACCCGUGCAGCUGGUUAAUGAUAUCUUCUUCUUGCACGAGCGCGGAAGCAAGCUUGGAUACUACACCGUCUGCCUCUGCUGGGGCUCGACAGGGCCACUGUAUGCGGGCUAUAUGCUCGCUGGCGGAUACAGCUGGCGCCUGUUCUUCUACGUGGAGACUGCGUUUGCCGGUCUGCUCUUGAUUCUUGCUUUCCUCUUCGUCGAAGAGACUACCUACAAACGAGACUCGCCGAGCGGCCCAGCGUUGCCGAAUCCCGACGGCGAGAAGAGGGUUUUCGGCCAAGACGAGGUACUCGACAGCAAGACAGCAACCCACCAUGUCGAGGUGCAGACUCUGGUGCCGCCAAGACGAACGUUCAUCGAGACGCUCAAGCCAUGGUCAGCUAUUAACCACGACGAGUCGUUCUUCUUGACCAUAAUCCGCUCGUUCAGCUACUUCCUUGUGCCUGCUGUCCUCUGGGUCGUUACUAGUUUCGGAAUCUACAUUGGUCUCGGCGCGCUCGUCUUCAACUACACCUUCCCCUCCAUUAUCGUGCAACCGCCGUACGGCUGGAAGCAGGAGAACGCUGGUUUAAUCGCACUUGGCAACCUGAUCGGCUACGGUUUGGCAGUGCCGCUCACUUGGACGUCUGAUCGACUCGCCGCAUACUACACGAAGCGUAACAAUGGCAUUCGUGAGGCGGAAAUGCGUCUCGGCAACUUGAUCCCUGCAGCCAUCAUCGCGCCUGUCGGACUCAUCGUAUACGGACUUACGGCGCAAUACCAGCUUCAUUGGAUCGGCUACUUUGCUGGUGUCGCGAUGUGUGACUGGGGCAGCUACUUCUUCUUCACCUUUACCCUUGCCUACGCUGUCGACUCUUACAACGCCAACACCUCCGAGAUGCUUAUUGCUAUGUGUGUCGGCAAGCAGAUGAUCUCAUUCGCCUUCGGCUUGUACCUCCUGGAGUGGGUUAUCGAGUCCGGGUAUGCUGUGAUCAUUGCUGGCGUCUUCUGCGGAGUGCUACUUGCCAACAACCUGUUCGUGUUUGUCUUCAUGGCUUUCGGGAAACGGAUCAGGACGUUCUAUGCAGGCACAUGGCUUUCGCGAUGGCACAAGAAGACCAUUAAGCAGGUCAUGACGCACUGAUGGCAGCUCAGUCGAGGACUUGGAUGUAGAUGAGUCUCAUAUGUCCAUCUGAUGUACAUCCAUAUGAUACUGUUGGCUGGCUGUUCGUAGAGUCAUUGUCGAGCUUGAGCACGCUGGAGAUACCAUGAUAAAGGAUAGA